AUGCCGAACCAGAUCUCCGUGUCCGAGUUCAUCGCCGAGACCACCGCGGACUACAACUCGCCCACUACUUCCCGCUUCACCGCGCGGCUGCACGACUGCGGGAACACCGUGGCGCUGCUGGGGGAGGCGCUAGACCAAGAUAGAACAGCUUUACAGAAGGUGAACAAGUCUGUGAAAGCCAUCUACAACUCUGGUCAGGACCAUGUACAAAAUGAAGAAAACUAUGCCCAACUUCUGGACAAGUUCGGGAGUAAUUUUUUAAGUGGAGACAACCCGGACCUUGGCACUGCGUUCGUCCAAUUUUCCACGCUCACAAAGGAGCUGUCCACCCUGCUGAGAACUCUGCUCCAGGGGCUGAGCCAGAACGUGAUCUUCACCUUGGACUCCCUGCUGAACGGAGACCUCAAGGGAGUCCAAGGAGAUCUCAAGAAGCCAUUCGACAAAGCUUGGAAAGAUUAUGAGACAAAGUUCAGGAAAAGUGAGAAGAGAGAGCUUGCGAAGCAGCACGGGAUGAUGCGCACGGAGAUCACGGGGGCGGAGAUCGCGGAGCAGACAGAGAAGGAGCGGCGCCUCUUCCAGCUGCAGUUGUGCGAAUAUCUCCUCCAAGUCAACAACAUCAAGACCAAAAAGGGCGUGGACCUGCUUCAGAAUCUCAUCAAGUACUACCACGCCCAGUGCAAUUUCUUUCAAGAUGGCUUGAGAACAGCUGACAAAUUGAAACAGUACAUUGAAAACCUGGCUGCUGAUAUAAUAUAUAACACAAAACAGACGCAGGAUGAAGAAAAGAAACAGCUGACCGCCCUCAGGGACUUAAUAAAGUCCUCUCUCCAGCUGGAUCAGAAAGAAGAUCCCCAGAGCCGCCGGGGGUACAGCAUGCACCAGCUCCAGGGCAACAAGGAGUAUGGCAGCGAGAAGAAGGGGAACCUGCUGAAGAAAAGUGACGGGAUCCGCAAAGUGUGGCAGAGGAGGAAGUGCGCGGUCAAGGACGGGAUGCUGACCAUCUCCCACGCCAGGGCUAACAGGCAACCAGCCAAGUUGAACCUCCUCACCUGCCAGGUGAAGCCGAAUGCCAAGGACAAGAAGUCUUUUGACCUUAUCUCACCUAAUAGGUCCUAUCACUUCCGGGCAGAAGAUGAGCAGGACUACGUAGCAUGGAUCUCAGUGCUGACAAACAGCAAAGAGGAGGCCCUGACCAUGGCCUUCCGCGGCGAGCAGAGCACGGGCGAGAACAGCCUGGAGGACCUGACCAAAGCCAUCAUCGAGGACGUCCAGUGGCUGCCUGGCAACGACGUCUGCUGUGACUGCGGCUCCUCAAAACCCACCUGGCUUUCUACCAACUUGGGGAUUUUGACAUGCAUCGAAUGUUCGGGAAUACACAGAGAAAUGGGGGUCCAUAUUUCCCGCAUUCAGUCUCUGGAACUAGACAAGCUGGGAACAUCUGAACGCUUGCUGGCCAAGACCAUUGGGAACAACAGCUUCAAUAACAUCAUGGAAGCAAAUGUACCCAGCCCCUCACCGAAGCCUACCCCGAUGAGCGACAUGACUGCGCGGAAGGAGUACAUCACGGCGAAGUACGUGGAGCAUCGGUUUUCGAGGAAGACCUGUUCCUCUCCGUCGGCUAAGCUGAACGAACUGAUGGAGGCCGUGCGGUCGCGGGACCUGCUUGCACGUGAGGGCUACGCGGAAGGCGUGGAGCUCAUGGAGCCACUGCUGGAGCCCGGGCAGGAGCUCGGGGAGACCGCCCUGCAUCUUGCAGUCCGGACUGCAGACCAGACAUCUCUCCAUGUGGUUGACUUCCUUGUCCAAAACUGUGGGAACCUGGACAAGCAGACGGCCCUGGGGAACACAGCCCUGCACUACUGCAGCAUGUUCGAGAAGCCCGAGUGCCUGAAGGAUAGAUUUGUGCCUUUUGACAGCACAAAUGCUGGGGCUGCUGCUUGGGUUCAGGUGCUGGCACUUCUGAGUUGUGGAUCUUGGAGAAAUAGUCAAUAUCGUCGUUCAUGUGUGUGUGAGGACAUGAAGAAUAGUGACAGCCUGAUGAUUGUAUGA